UGUUUUGUCUGUCGGAACCUUGUCGGUAUGCAUUUCUUUGUGUGACUGUGUGUUUGCAAUGAAUAAAAAAGUUAACACGGCAGCGAUCAGAGCUGUAUGAGUACCAUAUGCCGCCGGCAGCAAGCUAGCCCGACGGCAUACAUAGCCAGCCACCUUCUCUGCUCUACAAACACGCCCCACGUCAUUGGGUGUGUCGCCUGAAUAGUUUACGCAGUCGUAUAGAACACUUGGGGGUAGAUGGUGGCAGAGGACAACUUCGAAAAUCAUUUUCUUACUCAUAAUCUUCACUUAGCAGCCCCCUGGAUUUUUUAGCUACCUGGUGGCUUUCAUCGCUGGUGCAUUCUGCCCAUUUGUGUAGCCCCGCGUCGUCUAAACGUCGUAGUUGUCCAUGGAUCUCGUUUGCUGUGCGUGCAACCCAUAUCGCUCCGCGUCCAGCCCGAUACCGCCGACGUGCUACAACAGAGAAGACAAGGCGGUUAUAGGAUUGGAUCAGCAGCGUGUGCUGGUGAUUGGGAUCCGCUGCGCCCGCUUCUCGUCUAUUCCGCUACUGUUACUGUCGUUGCCGUUUCUGGCUAGCGUUGGUGCGCACUGUAUUUGUGUGUCUGUCCGUCUGUUCGUACGAAAGAGUGAGGGAACUUCAGCCGCCAUCCACCGUCGUUGUCGUCUACGGAGCGACGCAAGGAGCGGCAGUCAGUCUACACUUGUGUCGGUCGGCGGGGUGUUGUUUGUCCAGUAGCAAGGUUGAACUAAUAAACCAGACUGCACUGAAUUAGAGCUACAUUGAAUUGCUACCGUGCCCAUUAAUUCGAUUUAGACAGAGGCGUUGGAUUUUUCAACUGCACUUGUUUGCCACUCGCUGCCAUUUUUGUUGGUCUAGACCAACGCGUGCUCUGUGGAAUGAAUUGCUAAAUUGGAAUCAUUUCGAUCGAGCGCUUCAAGUUAAACGUAGUCACGACAUACCGCAAAACUAGAUGAACCUUGCCUAGUAAAGUGUGUAAUUCCCCAGGCGUGUGUGUUUAGCUCAGCAUAUAGUUGUGAUCGAUUUGCGCAUCAUUCUUCACUGUUGAUCACUGAGCGCUUAAGUGGGUGAACGGUGGCAGUAUCAAAAACAAAGCAACCAGAAAAACUUCAAGUUUAAAGUUCUUCGUCUGUUUUUUGUGAGAUCUGUGUAUAUGUGGUUUUGAUCUGUCGUGAAGAAAAGAAAGUGAUACCGAUAUAUAAGAAAUCUUUGUAAGUGUCAAUUUACCGUUAGCUUUGACAAGCAUUGACAAAGGAAUACUCCACCCAUUUCGACGACGACAGCAACAGCAGCAGUUUCGAUAUUUAACAGACACCGACCAACGGCACUCAACGACAUCGAAGAAGUAUAAUUAAAAAAAAAAAAGGGUCUGGAAAGGAUCAGCGUCACAUCAUUGUUGUGCUCUAGUUGACAAACGUCUCCACCCACACAAAACACUCGAAACAUGUCGAACCAGACGAGCGGGUCAACUUUGCUCGAUACCCUCAAGAAGAAAAUGAGGGCACUGAAGGAUGAGGCCGAAGAGGCCAAAGAAAAAUGCGACGAGCUGCAAAAGAAAUGCGAGGCGGAACGACGCAGCAGAGAGGCUGCUGAGGGAGAUCUGGCCGCCCUAAAUCGUCGCAUUCAGCUUCUCGAGGAGGAUCUCGAACGUUCUGAGGACCGUCUCAAGGUUGCUACUGCUAAGCUCGAGGAGGCCUCGGCUACCGCCGAUGAGUCGGAACGCAUCCGUAAAGCAUUGGAAAACAGAACUAACAUGGAAGAUGAGCGAAUCAACGCGCUUGAAGGAGAACUAGGCCAGGCGCGACUGAUCGCAGAGGAGAGUGACAAAAAAUAUGAGGAGAUGGCACGACGGAUUGCACUCCUUGAGACUGAUCUCGAAAGGGCCGAGGAGCGCGCGUCUACCAGCGAAAGCAAAAUCGUCGAGCUUGAAGAGGAGUUACGCGUCGUUGGUAACAACCUGAAAUCUCUUGAAGUGUCCGAGGAGAAGGCUCAGCAACGAGAAGAGGCAUAUGAACUGCAGAUCCGCACUGUAACAGCUAAGCUGAAAGAGGCUGAGGCACGCGCUGAGUUCGCUGAGAGGUCUGUUCAGAAGCUUCAGAAGGAGGUCGACAGGCUCGAGGAUGAGCUGGGCUCUGAGCGUGAGAAGUGCGCGGCGCUGCAGGACGAAGUGGAAACCACCCUGAAGGACCUGCAGUCGAUGUAACCUCUCCGCCCAACCUCCAGCGUAUCCUAGACCUUAUGUCGCCUCCUGCCGCCUGUGACAUACAACCUACGAUCGAAAACUAUUUAGCAGAAAGAAAAAACAACAGAAGAUUAGUCCUUUGAAACACAAGCACACACACACAGACACACACGAAUAUACCCACAAUAACCCAGACACCCACUUACCUACACCCACCCACUCGUACACCCAUUCACACACACACACAUAGAUACACCCAAAAAUACAAAGACAGAAAACUAUGAGGCGCUAAAAAUAGGGUCUUUGUCUGACAGUGAGGCAGAACUUUGACAUAAGUCCCUUAUCUAGAGGCAAAUGCCCCUUAUAUUGAUAUGAAGAGUGCAAAUAAGAGUGUAUGGCGUAAAUACGAAAUUUUCGGGUGUCCAUGCCAAAUUUCUUUCGGAGCCGCUACCGUCGCCGCAGUGGCUGAGGAACAGGAAAAAGCAUAAUAGCAGAAUACUGCCAUACGGCAUAUACUGCCGCCGCGUUUGUACUGCCGUUACCACCCAUUCCAUUCCAUUCCAAAGGGCCCUUACGGUCAAAGAAACAAGAGACCUGUUCGCACAUGUAGGCAUAUUUAGGCGUGCACUUUGAAACAUACCCACAGCCAUAUAGACUCAGAGACAGAGAGAAAUACGAAGGGAUAGCAAAACUCCUUCACGGAAAAGCACGCGAUGGUAAUAACAUUAGCUUGCAAACUUUGCAAAAAACAUUUCUUCGCGAGGACUUGCGAUACGAAUGUGUGCUGAAUACAGAAUACCCCACAAUAUUUCCACUUAGUUAGGCUUUAAUAUUUUUUUUUAUUCUUUGCUGACCGGUUUCACGGGGACGCGGACAAAAUAUAUAAAUAUAUGGCCGCAAGCCCGUUGAGAGUGGCGCUGAUCUUUUGUGGCACUACUCUAGCGGAAGCCAGUUCCGCCAUUGAUUCUUGAUUUAGAAAUUGAAAAGUUCAAACCGGCCCCAAUUUGCAAGUGAAAUCAAUUUCUUCUGCCAAGUUACUUUCUAAUCGUAAAUUCUGAAUCAAAAGCAAUCGUUAAAGGUAAUCAAUAAUGUCGAAUAUUACCAAAAGAAAUGUUGCCAACAAAAUUACUUACGAGUACAACAGCAUUGUAUAGCCACAACAAUAUUUACUGCGAUCAAUAAAAAAACAACGUAACUGACAACCAUUCCAUGUAGGGAUUUAUGGAGGAACUCUUUCCCUUUUUCCUAAUAUAUAUCUCUAUAUAUAUAUAUAUAUACCUCGCCUUGUUUGUUGCGCGUCGGUGAUACGGCCAGCUGCUAGUGGUUGCUGCCGUCGCUUGAUUUGCUAAAAUAUUGCAAGUGGCAGUAAGUAAAAAUUAUGAGAAAAAUAAUUAAAAAAAAAAAACGGAAAAAACAAGCAGUCAAUCGAUUCUAGGCAGAACAGCAUUGACAUAAUACAUGAAAACAACAUAUAGACUCGAACGAACGAGGUGAUGACAGCUUCCUUUUGAGAGAGCGAGAGAGAAAGAGAGCGAGAGAGAAAAAGAGAGAAA